UUAUGACAGAGACCCCGCCACAGUUGUCCUCUAUCAUCACCAAGCAGUUAGUGAGCCCUUCCGAGACUGACCGACACUUAUCCGCGCCGUCUCUUGAUCCUUCAACGACUUACAGAGACAGAAGAUCAUUUCUGUACAAGAAAUGUGCGGAAUUACCAAAAAUAAAACCUAGCAAUACCACCCCAAUAUACUUUUACUCUAAAUCCAAUAAUGUGGCUUUUUGUAAAGCACCAAAAACUGGGAGUACAUUUAUCGGUAUUGUGGUACGGGCACUGGAAUACAAGAAAGAUCUGGACAGAGACAUAUUUUAUGUAAACAGAGAAAUUGUGCAUGGCAGAAAUGAAGUAACUCUUAAUACUGUUAUCAAACGUGAUAUCAGGAUGGUUCUAGUCACACGAGAUCCAUUCACGAGACUUUUCUCGGCCUACUUAGACAAGUAUUAUAUUCUCGGAAUCUGGGGUAGAGAAAUGGCAAAGAACAUAGGUAAAGACCACCGCAAAAUGAGAGCGGGUUUCUGUGGAUUCAAUAUAUCAUUUGAGGAGUUUUAUGAGAGGAGGGAGGAUAGACACACUCUACCUGUGUCGAGUCUGUGUGAUCCCUGCUCUUUACGUUAUGACGUCAUCUGUAAACAGGAGACGCUUACCUCGGACACCGAACACGUCUUAGAAGUGAUGAACAUCACCGACCAGAAACGACAAUCUAUAGUGGAAAGGAUUCAUAGUAAGACCGUGAAGGAUACCAUUUUUUCUUGGAUCGCUUCCCAUAUGUGGUAUUUUAACAUUUUUAGAGAAGAUUGCUCAAACAAAAUAUUAUUUAUGGACACACUUUGGCAUGUGUUGCAGCUUCAGGGAUAUAUAAACUCUUCUCUGACGUUCCCGUCAGAUUUAUUUGAGAAACUGUCGGUGUUUACAGCGGAUAGAGUGACAGAGUUCAUACUAAAACAAAUGUUGUCCAGUCCACUUACAGAUUCUCAGAUGUUCUUACAGAAGAAACGUGCCGUACAAGAAGCUUAUAAUCGGGUCAGACCCGCUACAAUAGCAAGAGUACAAGACAAAUUCGCUCGGGACUUUCAACUCUUCGGCUACGAUCGGUCUCCUCCACACACUAUUUAACGUUCUUCAAAAUAACAUACAUUUGUAUACGCUUGAUGUAUAGUUAAGGGUUAUCUAAAUACCAUAUCCAGUAAUACUUUACAAGCCUUAUAUCAAUACUGUUGUACAAUUUAAUAGAAAUAAAUUGAUCAGUUGAUAGUAUUAUUAUGACUAACCAUGUGGAUUACUGUUGUAAAAUUCGACAAAACAUGCGAAAAAUGUAUGAUUCAUUAGUAUUACAUAAAUUGCAUAAUUACAUUGUUAUGUAUACCAUUGAAUAGAGGGAGACAACCCUUACAAAAAUGUAUAACUCGUUCUGGAAGAGAGAUGUGUCAUAAUAAUUUGUUUACAAGUGUAUAUUUACAGGUGGUUGUUUACAAGAAGUGUGUUAGAGAAUUUUUGCACCAGGUACAUUUCGUGUUGAUUUUUUAGAAAUAAAAAUGAUUUUUUACAUCAUAUAUCUAUCUAUCUAUCAUAUAUAACGUUAUUCUCCUUCAUAGCUAAUGUAUACUUCGAAUGCGUCCCCUCAUACACGUACC